UUGCUUGUUAAUCAAGUAUCCUUUCUCAAUUUUCACUUUACUUGAGCUCUAAUCUUCUCCAUUCCAAUACCCCACCCCCCUAACCCACCUCACCCCACCCCACACACCCCACUCCUUCCAUUUUUUUCUUGAUUUUGAUUUGGGUGUCCAUAAAAAAGAUAAAUCUGCAUUCUUGGCUUUGUGGGUGUUGCUAUUUAGCUAUCAAUUCCAACAUCUCUAUUACCCCCACUCCCACUCCUCACCCCACCACCCCUACCACCCACCCCACCCCACCCACCCUUAUUUUUUCAAGAUUUUGAUUUGGGUAUCCAUAAAAAAGUGAACUUUACAUUCUUAGCUUUGUGGGUGUUACUAUUUUCCUCUCAAUUCCAACAUCACUAGACCCCCCCCCCCCUCCCCCCCCCCCCCCCCCCCACCCACCACCCCUUAUGUUUUUUUUCAAGAUUUUGAUUUGAGUAUCCAUAAAAAAGUGAACUUUACAUUCUUGGCUUGGUGGGUAUUGCUAGUUUUUUUUUUAAAAAUUUUUUUAAAUUUAUUUUGGUGGUGAAAAUGGAGCAAGAAGGAUCAAUGGUGGCAACACCAACCCCAGCACCAACAUCCUUGGCACCAGGGUUCAGGUUUCAUCCAACAGAUGAGGAAUUGGUUAUGUACUAUUUAAGGAGAAAGGUGUGUGGAAAGCCAUUCAGGUUUCAAGCUGUUGCUGAAAUUGAUGUGUACAAAUUUGAACCUGGUGAACUUGCAG